CUCCGUGUUCUCCGUGCCCAUCCUCCGUGUUCUCCGUGCCCAUCCUCCGCAUCCUCCAUGACCGCCGUGUUCUCUGCGAUGCUUCCACCAUUCUGUUUGCCGCCGCCCUCUCCCGUCCCCCUGUAUGCUGCACCUUGACGCAGCCGCGCCGUAAACGUCAAACUGCAAUAGUAAGCUCGGCCAAAAACCCUGUUUCUGAUACCCAACUGACGAAUCGGCGCGAUUUUUCGGCGAGGGUGACUGGCUCCUCGCGCGCGACCUCUCGUGCGUGCGCAGUUUCCGGCCCGCCAGCCACUUGCUCUUAGCUACUUGCGGCUACCAAUGGCGGCGGCGGAGAGAAGGUGCUGAAACACAACGAGGACGGUGGGAGGACGAGAUAAGGUGGAACGGCGCCCAAUAGCAUGCCUAGCGCCGCAGCGAGCCCAGGAUCCGGUGGUCAUAUGUACCAUGGCCAGCAAAACCUUGGCCCUGGUUGCUGGGACUGGGCUGCAUAAUGUUUCGGAUUCCGUUCCAUCGACGCCGUGGAUGCUGGGCCAGACUCCCAAGGCUGAGGAGUUGGCCGUGCAGCACUACUCUAAUACGGUAUGUUUGUAUGCCUGUUGGACUGGGGGCACAUACAGAUGCUCGACGUUUCGCACUCAUGUCGCCUUUGCCGCAGCAACACAGCAACGUGUUGACCUCCGCAUUGGUGCCGAUUCCACUACGGAAUACAUCGAAUGAUGAAUCGGCGAUCGGGCGCUACGAUCCCAACCAUGAGGAAAUCGGUGUCCAGACUCCCGCUGGCUCUCUUGGUGCGAAACGUCAAAACACGAUGUGGAAUCCUGGACUGUCCUUCGCUCGAGUGCCAAAUUCCAAUGCUGCUCUUCCGACGAGUGCUACCCAACGUGCUGCAAGCUGCAAGCUGCAACUCGAGAUGAACGCCAUAUCUCACCACGAUCACAUAUCAGAACAGAACAGAAAAGAACAGAACACGGCAUCGAAAAUUGAUAAUCCUUCUUGA